AACGCCAGAGGGAUGCAGGCGGCAGAAUAGGAGAGGAGGCAGCGGCGGCGGCGGCGGCUUGGCUGCGGAGCGCCUGGACUCGCUUUCCAGCAAGCCAACCCAGCCCGACCCCUUAUGGCAGCGGCUGCUCCAGCUUCCUGGUUCUCUCCACCUCCUCCUCUUUCUUCCUCCUCCUCCUGCCCCUCCUCGGCCAUCCCUGCUCCUGCCGCUCCCCGGGCUGGGCCAGGCGGCCCCUGGAUCGUCUCGCUGCUCAAACUCCCAGGAUCCGCGCCCCCCGCCGCAGCGCCAUGCCAGGACCUGGGUGCUUCCUCUUAGGCGGCUGCUGGCUGGGGCCCCCGGGAUGCUAAGCCGGCCAGCCCCUGCCGCUCGCCACCCGCCUCCUCCGCCUGAGCCCUGAUCCGCCUCGAGGAGUUGUCCCUCUCACCGCCGCCGCCGCCGCCGCUGCUGCAGAGUUUGAGUUGAGAAGUCAUGGUGUUGUGGGAAGCCUCCCCACCUCGGCAGUGCAGCAGCGGCAGCGGCAGCUGGACCCUGGGCGAUUGCUUUUGCUGGUUGCUCCUGCCCGUGAUGUUCCUCAUCCUCGCCCGACCGGUGAAACUUGCAGCUUUCCCUACCUCCUUAAGUGACUGCCAAACGCCGACCGGUUGGAAUUGCUCCGGUUAUGAUGACAGAGAAAAUGAUCUCUUUCUCUGUGACACCAAUACCUGUAAAUUUGAUGGGGAGUGCUUAAGGAUCGGAGACACCGUGACUUGCGUCUGUCAGUUCAAG